UCGAAGACCAACAAUGGCCCGCACGAAGCAGACCGCCCGCAAGUCGACCGGAGGCAAGGCGCCCCGCAAACAGCUGGCCACCAAGGCCGCGAGGAAGAGCGCGCCGGCGACCGGUGGCGUGAAGAAGCCCCAUCGCUACAGACCCGGCACAGUGGCGCUUCGUGAGAUCCGUCGCUACCAGAAGAGCACUGAGCUGCUGAUCCGCAAGCUGCCCUUCCAGCGCCUGGUGCGUGAAAUCGCGCAGGACUUCAAGACCGACCUGCGCUUCCAGUCGUCGGCCGUGAUGGCCCUGCAGGAGGCCAGCGAGGCCUACCUGGUCGGUCUGUUCGAGGACACGAACCUGUGCGCCAUCCACGCCAAGCGCGUCACCAUCAUGCCCAAGGACAUCCAGCUGGCCCGCCGCAUCCGCGGAGAGCGUGCUUAAGCCGAAGAGCU